UAAAACAUGGACCUAUGUUUUGACUUUGUGAACAAUUCCUGCCUUCGGACUAACAGGGCACCUGCAAAUUAUUCGGUUAUGUUCAUUGCUAUGUUUGGAGCUAUAAUACUCACAACAGUGGGAAAUCUAUUGGUUAUCAUUUCGAUCUCUCAUUUUAGACAGCUCCACUAUCCGACCAACUUCCUCAUUUUAUCCUUGGCCACUGCAGAUUUCUUAAUUGGUUUGGUGGUUAUGCCUUACAGCAUGGUGAGGUCAUUAACAUCUUGUUGGUACUUUGGGGACUUAUUCUGCAAGGUGCACAGUUGCUUAGACAUGACAUUGUGUACAGGCUCUAUAUAUCAUUUAUUCUUCAUAUCUGUUGACCGAUACUAUGCAGUGUGUCACCCUCUUCAUUAUUAUAAAAAUCUAACUACUAAUGUUAUAGAAUUGUUUUUAUUAACAACUUGGUCUGUUUCCUGUGUGUUUUCAUUUGGCCUUGUUUUUUCCAAUGUGCACACCGAGGGGAUCCAAGACUAUAUAACUUCCUAUUAUUGCAUCGGCUCUUGUUCUCUUACUCUUAAUAAGCUUUGGGGAACUAUUUCUUCCUUAAUAUGUUUCUUUAUUCCCGGUGCCCUAAUGAUUGGUAUUUACAUGCACAUUUUCUCUGUUGCCAGGAAUCAAGCUAAACUUGUACAUAACCACCAUAGUUUCCAGCCUGACAAAUCAAAGAGUAAAAUUUCUGUCAGAGCCGAAAGGAAGGCAGCAAAAACGUUAAGCAUAGUUAUGGGGGUUUUCCUGUUCUGCUGGUUGCCAUUUUUUAUAUUAACUGUAAUAGAUCCUUACAUCAAUUUUUCAGUUCCUGAAGAUUUAUACAAUGUUUUUUUAUGGCUUGGUUAUUUUAACUCUGCCCUAAACCCCAUAAUUUAUGCACUAUUUUACCCUUGGUUUCAAAAAGCCUUUGCAUGUAUUAUAUCAGGUAAUAUUCUUAAAGCAGGCUCUUCAUUCUCUCAGUUGUUAACUGGUGUUUAGGGAUGCAUUUAGUUGAAGCAGUGAUACCUGUAGAUACAGGUCAUAGCAAUCAACUUGGACAUAAUUCCACCUCUUCCAGUGCAAUAACUCCUAGCACAUAGUUAGAAAUUUGCUUUAAUUUUUCUAAGCACAUUA